CGCUGCCGUUAACUUUAGUAUGGCUCGGUUCUGUGCUAUCAAAACGCCAAAAACGCAUCAAACAAGCGAACAUUUGCAAAAUCAUUAAACAUUUAAAGCUUUUUUUCGUUAUAAAUAUUAAAUAAAAAAAUGUCCUCUACCUCGGCCAUAACACAGGAUAAAUUGGACAAAUGGCGUCAAAACUUCUACAAUGAACCGAAAAAUGUAUUGGCGCAAAAUGUCUGUUCACGUUUCGAUCCGUUCGAAGUGUGUUUGUCGCGUAAAUGUUUGGAGACCACCAAUCAUGUGUUCACCCACAAAGUGGAAUUGGAAGGCAAACCCGUUACCAAUCAAAGAAGUUCCGGCAGAUGCUGGCUAUUUGCCGCUCUCAAUUGCUUACGUUUGCCCAUGAUGAAAGAAUACAACUUGGAUGAAUUUGAAUUCUCUCAGGCUUAUCUCUUCUAUUGGGAUAAAAUUGAGCGUUGCAAUUAUUUCCUAAAUAAUAUUGUAAAAACUUCGAAACGUGGCGAAAAAGUUGAUGGACGUCUGGUGUCAUUUUUAUUGAAUGACCCCACCUCUGACGGUGGCCAAUGGGAUAUGCUAGUUAAUUUGAUAACCAAACAUGGAGUUAUGCCAAAGAAAUGUUUCCCCGAAAGUUACAGUUGUGAGUCCAGUAUGCGUAUGAAUGGUGUUUUGAAGAGCAAACUACGUGAAUAUUCCAAAGUACUGCGUGACCUGAUGGAUACCAAUCCCUCGGAUGAGGAAGUCAAUGCUAAAAUUGAUGAAAUGAUGGGUGAAAUCUAUAAAGUUGUUGGCAUUUGUUUGGGUAUACCAUCCAAAGAAUUUACCUGGGAGUAUUAUGAUAAAACCAAAAAUUAUCAUUCCGUGGGACCAAUUACACCACUGGAAUUCUAUGAAACCAAGGUUAAGCCUCUAUUCAAUGUUGAGGACAAGGUAUGUUUAGUUACCGAUCCUCGUCCAUCUAGCAAAUACAAUCAAGCCUAUACUGUUGAUUGUUUAGGCAAUGUUGUCGAUGGCCGCCCUGUUUUGUAUAAUAAUCAACCCGUUGAAGUCCUUCUACAAAUGGUUGCUGCCAGUUUAAAGGCCGGUGAGCCGGUAUGGUUUGGCUGCGAAGUUAGUAAACGUUUUGCUGGCAAGCAAGGCAUUGAAGAUUUGAAUGUCCAUGACUUCAAACUGGUCUUCGAUAUUGAUAUUCAGAAAACUCUGACCAAAGCUGAUCGCCUUAUUUAUGGUGAAUCUGCCAUGACUCAUGCCAUGGUAUUUACUGCGGUUUCUUUGGAUGAUAAUGGUGAAGUUAAAAAGUUACGUGUUGAAAACUCCUGGGGCGAAGAUCGAGGCGAAAAAGGUUAUCUGGUAAUGUCAGCCGAAUGGUUCAAAGAAUUCGGUUUUGAAGUUGUCGUCGAUAAGAAAUAUGUGCCUGCCGAUAUACUAAGUGUGUUCGAUCAGGAUCCUAUAGUAUUGCCCGCAUGGGAUCCAAUGGGCACCUUGGCCCAAUAAAAAUGUUACCUUUUUUAUAUAAAUAUUUAAAACAAAAAAUCAACAAUAUUU